UGAACAUGCUGUUAGGUUAAAUGAAGAAGAAACUUGCAGAUGCAGACUAAUUAGCCACUAUAUCUACUGUGUUUCUAUAGAAUUGUUGUUUAAAUACUGUUGGCUUUUCUUUAUGGAAAUAUUCUUUGUUUUAUUUAUUGUAGGCCAGACUUUGGAAGCAGGAAGAAAUAUUGUGUUUCUUAUUGAUGGAUCAGAUGAUGCUAGUGAUAGAUUCACAGCUAUACGAGAAUUUGUGGCCAGUUUGGCAGAGACAUUUGAUGUCGGUAAAGAAAAAGAUCAAAUUGCUGUUGUGCAGUUCAGUAAUACUGCAGCAAUAAGCUUUAAUCUCAGUACAUACUCAUCCACUUCUGAGGUGGCAGAUGCUGUACGCAACCUCAAACCAAAAGGGGGAAGGCCGCAAUAUAUUGGCCAGGCUUUGCAAUUUGUUAGAGACAGUAUUUUUACCCCUAGUGUUAAAAGUCAGCAAAUAGGCCGUGUUAGCCAAAAUCUUGUGCUUGUGGCUGGUGGCAGAUCAAGAGAUUCUCCUCGUGGACCAGCUAAUGCACUAAAGAGUAUGGGAGUAACCAUUUUUGCCAUAGGGUCAAAGCUGACAGAUCCUAUUGAAAUGGAAGCCAUUUCUUCGAAGACAGAUUAUGCCAUUGCUGUUUCUGAUUUUCAUGAUUUAAAAAAUGUACGCCAAAGCCUCAGGACAAAACUUAUGGGUGGAGGACAAAAAGGAGACAGAGAAGUUGAUGGCACGGGAUUUAAAAGGGAUAUUGCUUUUCUUGUGGAUGGUUCGGACAGUACAAGAAGAGGAUUUCCAGAAAUACGUGAUUUUCUGUACAAUAUUAUCACAAAUCUCAAUGUGGGUAUUAAUAAUGAUAGAAUCUCAAUAAUUCAAUACAGCAAUGUGGCUGUAGCAAAUUUUUAUUUGAAUUCAUUCUUAAGAAAGGAAGAUGCAUUGAAUGCAGUAAAAGUGCUUAGCCAUAAAGGUGGAAGGCCCUUAAAUACAGGCUCUGCCCUUCUAUAUGUAAAGGAAAAUAUCUUUAUAAGCACCUCGGGAAGCAGGCACAAAGAAGGCAUCCCUCAAAUAUUAAUUCUGCUGACUAGUGGAAAAUCAAGGGACAGCAUUUCUGAAGCAGCCUCUGCUUUAAAAAAAAGUGGGGUAUUAAUAUAUGGAAUAGGAGGAAAGUACUCAGACUCUUAUGAAUUACAAACAGUUUCUUCUGAAAAUAAAGUGCUUUCAUUGGCUGACUUCAGCGAAUUACCAAAAAUCCAGACACAACUAUUAGAAGCAAUGAAAGCCAUUCCAAGUUACAACAAAAAGGAAUUCAUAGCUGAGAGUGAAAGACAGAGAAGAGAUGUUGUCUUCCUAAUGGAUGGAUCAGAUGGAAAUAGGAAUGGGUUCCCAGCAAUGAAAGGGUUUGUGCAAAGAAUGGUGGAGAGAUUGGACGUAGCUGAGAACAGAGAUCGUGUUUCUGUUGUCCAGUACAACAAAGACACAGAGGUCCAUUUCUAUCUAAACACAUACACGACAAAGGAAGACAUUCUUGAACGUGUCAGGGGUCUGAGGCACAAAGGAGGGAGACCCCUCAACACAGGGGCUGCUCUGCAGUACGUGAGGGACAACGUAUUCACUGCCUCUGCUGGAAGCAGACGUGUAGAAGGUGUGCCCCAGUUACUGAUUCUGCUGAGUGGUGGAAGGUCAUUUGAUAAUGUUGACACACCGGCCUCAGCCCUGAAGGAGCUGGGAGUGCUUAUCUUUGGGAUAGGGUCAAGGAGCUCAGACAGCAGGGAGCUCCAGAGGAUCUCCCAUGAGCCUAGUUAUGCACUCUCAGUAAGUGACUUUGCUGACCUUCCCAGUGUCCAACAGCAGCUUUUCAGCAACAUUGACACAGUAUUUGUAGAGGGCACGUCUCCCACUACCACGACAAUAGCUGAGGGCGGUAGGCAGAGGAGAGAUGUUGUCUUCCUGCUGGAUGGAUCAGAUGGCACUAGGAAUGGGUUCCCAGCAAUGAAAGAGUUUGUGCAAAGAAUGGUGGAGAGAUUGGACAUAACUGAGAACAGAGAUCGCGUUUCUGUGGUCCAGUACAGCAGAGACGCAGAGGUGCAUUUCUAUCUUAACACGUACACGACAAAGGGAGACAUUCUCGACGGUGUCAGAAGUCUGAGGCACAAAGGAGGCAGACCCCUUUUCACGGGGGCAGGUCUCCAGUACGUCAGAGACAAUGUCUUUACCGCCUCCUCCGGCAGCAGGCGGCUGGAGGGUGUGCCGCAGAUACUGGUUUUGCUUAGCGGGGGAAGGUCAUCUGACAGUGUUGAUGCAGCAGCCUCCUCUCUGAAAGAGCUUGGAGUUUUGACCUUUGGAAUAGGAUCGAGGGGCUCUGAUAGCAGAGAAUUGCAGAAAAUUUCUUACGACCCCAAUUAUGCUCUGACAGUGUCAGACUUCAGUGAGCUUCCAAAAGUCCAAGAGCAGCUGCUGGCCUCUGUCCAGGCUGUUCCGAUUCCCAUCACUCCAACUUCACCACCUGUAACCGCUGUUUACACCACACCCAGAAAGGACGUGGUGUUUCUUCUGGACGGUUCAGAUGGCACUAGGAAUUCUUUCCCAGCUAUGCGUGACUUUGUGCAAAGAGUAGUGGAGCAAUUCAACAUAGAGGCCAACAGAGACCGUGUUUCUGUGGUACAGUACAGUAGAGACGCUGAGGUCCAUUUCUAUCUGAACAGUUACACGACAAAGGAAGACGUCCUUGACCGUGUCAGAGGCCUGAGACACAAAGGAGGCAGACCCCUUAACACGGGGGCAGCUCUCCAGUACGUCAGAGACAAUGUCUUUACUGCCUCCUCCGGCAGCAGGCGGCUGGAGGGGGUGCCGCAGAUACUGAUCCUGCUUAGCGGGGGAAGGUCGUUUGACAGUGUCGAUGCAGCAGCCUCCUCUCUGAAAGAGCUUGGCGUCUUGAUCUGGGGAAUAGGAUCGAGGGGUUCAGAUAGCGGAGAAUUGCAGAGAAUUUCAUACGACCCCAGUUAUGCUCUGUCCGUGUCCGACUUCAGUGAGCUCCCAAAUGUCCAAGAGCAGCUGCUGGCCUCUGUCCAGGAUGUCGCAAUGGCCGUCACUCCAACUUCCCCAACUCUGACCGCUGAUGACGCCAUUCCCAGAAAGGACGUAGUGUUCCUGCUGGACGGUUCAGAUGGCACUAGAAAUACUUUCCCAGCGAUGCGUGACUUUGUGCAAAGAUUAGUGGAGCAAUUCAACAUAGAUGCAAACAGAGACCGUGUUUCCGUGGUGCAGUACAGUAGAGACGCAGAGGUCAAUUUCUAUCUGAAUACCUACACGACAAAGGGGGAGAUCUUGAACUCUGUCAGAGGUCUGAGGCAUAGAGGAGGGCGACCCCUCAACACUGGGGCAGCUCUCCAGUACGUGAGAGACAAUGUCUUCACCGCCGCUGCGGGGAGUAGAAAGCAAGCGGGUGUCCCUCAGAUUCUCAUCCUCCUCAGUGGAGGACGGUCAAGCGAUAACAUAGAUACACCUGCCUCCGCCUUGAAACAGGGCGGGAUCUUGGUUUUCGGCAUCGGCACCAGAAAUUCCAGCAGAGAGGUGCAGAGAAUUGCCAAUGAUCCUACCUAUGCACAGUCCAUCAAUGAAUUCUCUGACCUUCCCAGUGUCCAACAGCUGUUUGUCAGCUCCCUCAACAACGUGCUUGGUCAAGCCAAGCCGAUGACAACUACUGUGCCGGUUGCGCGAAAGAGGGAUGUAGUGUUCCUGCUGGAUGGUUCAGAUGGCACUAGGAGCUCUUUCCCUGCAAUGCGCGACUUUGUUGAAAGGAUGGUGGAGAGACUGAAUGUGUCUGAGAACAGAGACCGUGUGUCCGUGGUCCAGUACAGCAGAGAUCCAGAGGCCCAUUUCUAUCUUAACACAUACUCAAGAAAGGAGGACAUUCUUGACACGGUCAGGGGUCUGAGGCACAAAGGAGGGAGACCCCUCAACACAGGGGCUGCUCUGCAGUACGUGAGGGACAACGUAUUCACUGCCUCUGCUGGAAGCAGACGUGUAGAAGGUGUGCCCCAGUUACUGAUUCUGCUGAGUGGUGGAAGAUCAUUUGAUAAUGUUGACACACCGGCCUCGGCCCUGAAGGAGCUGGGAGUGCUUAUCUUUGGGAUAGGGUCAAGGAGCUCAGACAGCAGGGAGCUCCAGAGGAUCUCCCAUGAGCCUAGUUAUGCACUCUCAGUAAGUGACUUUGCUGACCUUCCCAGUGUCCAACAGCAGCUUUUCAGCAACAUUGACACAGUAUUUGUAGAGGGCACGUCUACCACUACCACGACGAUAGGUAAGAAAAAAACAAACAAACAUGCUUCCUCUCAGCUUUUAUGUUUGUAGUGAGGUGUGCUUUGCCUGUAGUUCUAAUGAGUUGCAGAAGGAAAAGUAUUUCUUCCUGAGUUGUAAAACUUUGCGCGAGGUGAGAUGAUAUCGAAAAACACAGAAAGCACGAUUAAUGGAAAAGCAUCUACUACUGUGUAAUGCAAUAUGCUUUUUAUUUUUCCUUACAAUGUCCCCCAUCUGACCCAUGACUGUUAUUUCUUAGCUGAG